AUGCAUUCUGUAGUUGAGAUAAAUGACCCAAAACGACGUAAUGAAAUAGUAAACAACUUUUUGAAAAAUCGGAAAGAGCAUAAAAUCAAGAAUUUACAAGAGCGAUCAGACUUAGAACAUGUAGAAGAUUAUAGAAUUGAAGUAUUUAAACCUAUUUUAGAAUCCAACAAAAAACUUCAAGAAGAAAUUAUAGAUGAAAAGAAUAAAAUAGUAGAAACUCUAAACAACUUUAAAUCCCCUUCUCAACUUUCAAUAGCCCCUGCAACUACACCAACACCAAAGACAAAUCGUAAAAGUCUUAUUAAGCAACCCUCAGUAAUCCUACCUCCCUCUCUACCUAGUUCUUCUUCACCUCAAGUUGUAAGUAAUCUGAUUGUAAGUUAUCUUCAAGAUAAUUCAGAUAGAAGUAAUGCUGGAUACUCAAUCAAGUUCAACAAAGCAGAAAAGAAGUAUGCUAUUGGUAACAAAGACAUUACAUUCGAUCAAAAUAUUAUCAAAGUUAAUAAUGAAGAAUACACAGCAACUGAAGGGUUGAUGGAGUUACUACUCAAAAAGUCUCCUGAUCUAAACAAGGUUACAACUGAAGAUUCUUCAAAUUACAAAAAAAUAUUAUUAUGCUCUAAUGCUCUGUACCAAGGUUUUGAUAAAAAUAGUAAAAGAUAUAAUGCAGAUUCUAGUGAUAAAUGGGCGUUCAUAAAGUCUAAAUAUUUUGUAGCUAAGACCCCAACUACAGCUGGAACAUCUUCAACAUCAGGAAGUUCUAUUUCUUUCAUACCAUCAAAUACCAACUCUCUAAUUGACUCAUUAAGACUAUCUAUUGGUUCAUAUCAGGCUGGUAACAAAGACGAGUAUAAUAAAAUCCAUGCAAUGUUAGAUGAACUAGUCAAACAGAAAGUAAUCAAGAAGAAAGACUUAGGGGUUAUUUAUUUGAAUAUUGGUAUGUAA